CCCAUUAAACCAACAAUAUACAGAAUAAGACACAAACACCAUCUCUCUAAACCUCUCAUUAUAUACAUUCAUUCUAAUUCAAAUUUCAAACUCUCACUCCUACACCUUUGACCAUAAUUCAUGGGAUUCUCUCAAACUAUGGAUGACAUGGAAUUAACGCGUGUUUAUGUCCCCGGACCUCUAAUCGUGGGUGCUGGACCUUCGGGUUUAGCUAUAGCCGCAUGCCUUAGAAAACAAGGGGUACCCUUUGUAAUUCUUGAAAAAGAAAAUUGUUUAGCAUCUCUAUGGAGACUAAAAUCAUAUGAUUCCCUUAAGCUUCACUUACCCAAGAACUUCUGUCAACUCCCUCAUUUCCCCUUUCCUAAUCAUUUCCCAAAAUACCCAUCCAAGGAACAGUUCAUCGCUUACCUCGAUUCUUUCGCCAAACACUUUUCAAUUCGUCCCUUGUUUGGGUACGAGGUUAAGAGUGCAGAAUACAAAGCAACUUCCGAUGGUUGUGGUUUGUGGUGUGUGGUGGCGAACCAGACGGAGUUUGUGUCGCGGUGGGUGGUGGUGGCCACCGGAGAUAAUGCCGCCCCGGUGGUGCCAGAGUUUGAUGGGUUGAGGAUUUUUGGCGGGAGAGUGAUGCAUAGUAGUGAGUAUAAGAAUGGAGGUGAGUUUAGAGGGAGGAAGGUUUUGGUUGUUGGGUGUGGGAAUUCGGGGAUGGAGAUUAGUUUGAAUUUGUGUCAUAAUGGUGCGAGAGUUUCUUUAGUAGUAAGAGAUAAGUUGCAUAUAUUACCUAGGGACAUUUUAGGAAGAUCGUCUUUUGCGAUUGCAGUUGGUUUGCUAAAGUUGUUUCCUUUAAGAUUUGUUGAUUGGCUUCUAAUUGUAUAUUCACGGAUGACUCUUGGAGACACAAGUAGGGUUGGUAUUGUAAGACCUAAAGAUGGACCUCUUAAACUCAAGGGUAAAACUGGAAAAACACCGGUUUUGGAUGUUGGAUCGUUAUCUAAGAUUAAGUCUGGCCAAAUUAAGGUUGUAGGUGAAAUCCAACGAUUCACAUCUUGCCAUGUGGAAUUCAUUGAUGGAAAAGUGGAAGAAUUUGAUUCGGUAAUCUUGGCUACUGGUUACACAAGUAAUGUAGCUUCAUGGUUAAAGGAGGAAAGUUUGUCUGGACAAGAACAGGGUAAUAAUACCAAAAGUUCAUGGAUCGGUAACAUGAAGGGCAAAAAUGGAAUUUACAGCGUAGGCUUCACAGGGCAAGGCUUAUUUGGAGCUUCAAAUGAUGCAGAAAGGGUAGCAGAAGAUAUUGGGAGACAAUUGAACUCAUAUAGAAAGCAUCUAAGCUCAAAGAUUAAUCCUUAUAUGUAGCAUGAAAUAGAAUCAAUAUCUUUUUGUUAGGGUAGUUUUCAUAAGGCUAUCUUUGUAAUCUAAUUGUCACCA